AUGGCGUCCGCACACUCACUCCGGUGCCUCGUGAGGCCGGCGGCCAUUCCCCGGGCUCCUCGCAUUCAGCCCAUCCUCGCCGCCCCAUUCUCGACCACCGCCGCAGUCCAGGCCGCCGCCGCGCCUCCGCCCAUCAAGAGCCGUCGGGACCUCCCGCAAAAGGUCAAGAAGGCUUACAAGAAAAAGGCCAACAUCGUCCCCGUCCGGAAACCCAACCCUGGCGAGCGCAAGGCCUUCCGGAAGCGCAUCCAGCUCAGCAACAACAGCGCCCUGCCCGUCGAAGGCCUCAACUCGCUGGACCAGAAGAACAUGACCCUCGAAGAGAGUGCUGGAAAGGUCUUUGCUAUUCCUGACAAUGUGGUGGAUCACCUCCGUGCCCUCGAGGCCUUCAAGACGACACAGAGCUGGAACCUGUUCCGGAGGCCGCAUGUGCUACUACGCAAGGAGACGGUUGAGUUGAUGAAGAGGCUCGAGGCCUCGGCUGAGAAGAAGGAGGCUCUCAAGUGCCAAGAUCUGACAAACGGCAACACUGAGUACUCACCCAUCCCCGACACAGAGCCCAUGCAGUUCGCCCAGCCCGUCUACUGCCUCAAGAUGAUCCAGAGCAUCUACCGGGCCAACCGCGCAGCUCUCGAGAAGCUGCAGCUUGAAAAGGACUGGUCCAAGUUCACCAACCUCAAGCAGGGCGCCACCCUCGCCGACCUCGCCCUAAGCGCCAAGGAGGCCGAGUACGCCUGGCCUACCCUCCUCGCUCUCUGGACUGAGCUCACCCUGCCCGGUCGUCCCCCCGUGCUCUUUGCCCUCGAUGGCCUCUCCCACAUCAACAAGAUCAGCGAAUACCGGGACCCUUCCUUUAACCAGGUCCACUCCCACGAGCUUGCUCUUGUGCGUCUCUUUGUCGAUGCCCUCUCAGGCAAGGCUCCCCUGCCCAACGGCGGAGCCGUCAUCGGCGUCACAUCAGCGAACAACGCCCACCGCCACCCCUCUCAGGAGCUCGUCCUCUCCCAGCUCGAGGCUGGCCAAGCCGGCCGUGAGGUUCCCAAGCCCAACCCCUACGAGCGCAAGUACGAUGAGCGUGUGUAUGAUGCUCUCAGGCACAGCUGGGUGCUCCGGCUCGAGGGCAUCACCAAGGACGAGGCCCGGUCCCUGAUGGAGUACUGGGGUGCCAGCGGACUCUUCCGCAACGUGCUCAACUCGAGGACCGUCUCGGAGAAGUGGACCGUGGGAGGCCACGGCAUCGUGGGCGAGAUGGAGCGGGCAGCCUUGAUGCAGAUGAAACUGUAAAUGUAUUCUAGAAAUGUACAAUAUCGGUGUCUGAGUAGAAACCUCAAAAACAUGUAUCAGCUCCAA